CGAGCCAAAAACCUCAACAUGAGCUUGGGUGUGUGUGUGUGAGAAAGAGCGGGAGGAAGAAGGGCGGCAAUAUUCGCCCAGCCUCCCCCUUCUCUGAACCUAGAAAGUUUGAGGAAGCCUGGGGCGUGAGAGCUUUUCUUGGCCCUGGGCGACGUCUCGGGCGGGCUAAGAGCAAUUCGGAAUCCCCGUUGCUUUCUUCCCGUGAGCCCAUUUCCCUCCUUUCUUUCCUGCUGACUCUUUCAUCUUGAGCUCCCUCCGUUCUUUGCUCCGCAGCGCUCUCUCCUUUCUCUCCCGCCUUUUCCUUCGCCCGCCCGCCCGGCCAGCCAGCCAGGCUUUCUAAUCCUUUCAGACUUUUGUCAGUCGAACAACCCCGCACAGCUGCCGGGGGUGGGGGUGGGUGGGUGGAAGGCUUGCCUCACGCCUCCGGCCGCACCGUUUUCCUUGAACGGUCCCUGGUACCUCGGAGGUCCGUCUCUCUCUCCGGAGGAGCCUGAAGGCGGAAAGAGUGGCGGGGGCGCGCACGGAAAGAGCGGGGCCCGCGGUCCUUGGGCGCCCGCCGCGAGGCGCCGCCUGUGUUGCGGUCCUCCCCCCCCUCCCCGUUUCCACUCGUGAGGGGGGAAGAGACAUGAAUGAAGGAGGCGAGCUGGGACUUUUCCUGUGCUGCUUAUCAGUGAGCAAAAAACGGCAGCGGGCAGCAUUUCUGAGAAACAUCCUGAAGUAACUAAAUCCCCGCCAGUUUCCUCUGUUAUACAGUGCGGUCAGUACACCAAGACGGUCGUCGGGGUGGUGAAGCCAAGAACGCCAUCCCGCUGGUUUAAGGGACAGCCAAGACAAGGAGGCGGAGGCGGUUUCUCUGAACUCUACUCUUUCCCACAAAGAUCGCCUGCGAUUUUUCUGGCUGCUUUAAAUCUGAAGAGAGAGGGAGGAGGCUGCCAAAGGUGGUGGGACAGCGGGGGUAGGUGGGUGGGGUGGGAAGAGUUUGUUUAGGCUGCGAAGAGUGGAAGGAAGAAACAAGAGCCUUGAGUUGUUCUGCACAGCACAGGACUUUCCAAGCAACGGGGGCUGAGAAUGUUUCUCAGCGUCUGAUGGGGGACAUUGGGCUGGGCCCUCCUUUCCUUCACGACAUCCUCGGCCCAGGAGGUGGCCAUGAACCGCCCCAUCGACCAGGAGAUGAUCGAGCUGAAGACCCUGGGACUCGAGAAGCAGCUGGACCUGACGCGAGGCCCGCGCGGCACGCCCGAACGCCCCGUCCGGCUGGAGCGGGCUAACGCCUUGAGGAUCUCCCCGGGGAAAGUGCCCGAGAUCCUGAGCCGCGUGCGCCAGAUCCGCCUCUUGGGGGGCCAGAGCGACCCCAAACUGACCGAGGUGCUGGGUGAAGGACAUGUCUUCAAGCCCUUCCCUCAGAGUCAGCCGACCUGGUGCGAUCUGUGCGGAGAAUUCAUCUGGGGCGUCUACAAGAAACGCCUGCAGUGCAUCCACUGCAAGUUCAUCUGUCAUUACCGAUGCCGUGCCCUAAUUCGGCUUGACUGCAGUGGUCCCAGAUAUCAAGAUGGUGAUCAGAAUGAAGUCAAUGAGCAAACAGUGGAAAAAGACACCAACGUGGACGAGCAGAUUGAUUGGGAAAAACCCAUUCUAUCCCAAGAUGAAAUUGAACAGAAGAUAAAAGAGUAUAACAGCCAGAUUAACAGCAACCUCUUCAUGAGCUUGAACAAAGAUGGUUCAUACACUGGCUUUAUCAAGGUGCAAUUGAAGCUAAUACGUCCUGUCUCAGUACCUGCUAACAAGAAGGCACCUUCCAUCCAGGACACCAGGAAGAGUACCUCCCGCAGCCAGGCUGUAAAGCGCCGCACAUCAUUUUACUUACCCAAGGACACAGUCAAGCACCUGCACAUAAUUUCUCGUACACGUGCCAGUGAAGUUAUUGAGGCACUUCUGAAGAAAUUCAUGGUAGUUGACAAUCCCCGCAAGUUUGCUCUCUUUGAGAGAACAGAAAAGGAUGACCAAGUGUAUCUCCGCAAGCUUUCUGAUGAGGAACAGCCCUUGCGUCUCCGACUUUUAGCUGGCCCUAGUGAAAAGGCACUCAGCUUUGUUCUGAAGGAGAAUGAGACUGGAGAAGUCAAUUGGGAUGCUUUUAGCAUGCCUGAGCUACAGAAUUUCUUGCGUAUCCUUCAGCGUGAAGAGGAAGAACAUAUUCGGCAGAUCCUGCAGAAAUAUGCCCAUUGUCGCCAGAAAAUGCAAGAGGCUUUAGCCACCCGCACUCCGGGUUGACAAGUACCCUCAUCCCAAUCCAGAUAACAGAUGCAAAGAAGCAGUGAAGCCAAGUGGAGUACGAGUGAUGCAAUCCUGGGACUGUCUGUGGGCUGUGUGUGUUCUGGAGAGGGUGGGGAAGGGAAAGCUGGGAUGUAUGGCUCUCUGUAUGAGCCCACGAUUGGUGCAUGUGUGUGUGCUCUCCAUGGAGUGAGUGGUUCAUCGAGAUUUUGCAUGAUGUCACAGUGAAAUCAGGUGGGGAAGUAAGGAAGUUUCUAAAAGGACUUCAGUAAUCCUGUCACAGCAGCUGAUUUCAAAGUGCUAAGAUGGUGUUAUGACAUUGUAGCCAUAAACUGGCUAAGUGGUAUUUGUCUGAAUUUGGACCUAGACAUGAUUUGAGCUCAACACAAACAACAUACGUAUUUAACAUAAAUGAGAUAUUUCAAAGUGGCCUUAAACCGGAUUGUAUUCCCAAGAAAAGAGGUGCCCUUGGCAAGUGACUACCUUCCUUAAAAAUGCUGUUUUUGUCUUUCUACUGGAAUCUAGCUGUAAGGAUCCUAUAAGGGACUUGUGUAAUUUCUUCAACUGUAUUAUUUUGUCUCUGGUAUGAACCAUAUGAUGGUUAGAUUGAUAGCAGUGCCAGUAGGAUAAAAACAUUGUUUAGACUGCAGUCAUAUAAAACUCUGGAGGAUAAAGUCUGUUUUGUCCUGCUUGAAAUAUACUAGGGUCAAGGAGAAGAACAGUUGGACAGAAACUUGGUCAUGUGUGAUCAAAAUGCCAGAGGAAACUCCUGUGACUGAUAGAACACCACCUCCAAAAACUCCAGGAGAGUUCUUGCUGAAUUUUUGGACAUGAGGAAAAGCACAUAGACUUUUGUACAUCUUUGUAAUUCCAGUAGAAGUACUCAUUUUGCCCUGGUUGAUUCUGAAGAAACAAGGACAGUAGAAAGCAAUACAGUGUCAAACAUAAGCCAGUAUUCAAGAGCCCUAAAUACUAAUGGAGGAAGUAAUGAAGACUUUUUCUUUCCUAGAUAAACCCUUUUCUUAGCUAUAACUAUGGAAAAUGUAAGCAAGGACAAAAUAAAUGCACAAUUCAGUUUGCUGUUCUGCUUAGAACAACCAUAGCUUGGGCGAUCCUCCUUUGUGUAUACAUACUGUACAUGACUGAGGCAAUGGUGUAUCUGAAGAGCAUCCUGACUUGGACAGGAUAGUAGGAAAGUCCCUCAGGUAUAGCUGGAAUUUCCUUGGCAUGGGAUAAACAUGUACUGCUGUAUUAAAAGUCAACUAGAUUCACUAGAGAGGGCAACCAAAAGAAAAGGAGUCUAUUAGUCAUGGUUGAUCCAUCUGGAGGUGAUGUUUAUAAUCAGGAUUGUCUCUUAAGUGGCUGUGUUGACAACCAACCUAAAUAAAUGCCUUGGUGGCUCAGGUUGUGAAAGGUCCUGUUUGUAUGUCAAUUAGUAAAAGAUUCAGGAAGGAGAAAUUCCUGAUACACAUA